GGGUGAGGGGUGAGUGGUGUCUGUCAAAGUUAAGGGAGAGAUGCCAGGCGGCUGCUUUGCUCAAAAAUAUCUCACUUUUCUUCACGGAUGCUUAUUGAGGAAGCUUCAAAAGUUCGAAAGAAUGGAAAUAUUGUAUGGGAUAUAGUUGCUCAGGUAUUUUGGUCCUACGAUGUCCACUGGUUUUGAGAGUGAAUUGGGACAAAGUGACUCCAGUAAAGACUUUGCACCCCAGUUUAAAAUGAUGGACUACUCCUACGACGAAGAAUUAGACGAAAUGUGUCCUGUGUGUGGAGACAAGGUGUCCGGAUAUCACUACGGGUUACUGACCUGUGAGAGCUGUAAGGGCUUCUUCAAGCGCACGGUGCAGAACAACAAGCGCUACACAUGUAUAGAGAACCAGAGCUGUCAAAUAGACAAGACCCAGCGGAAACGCUGCCCCUACUGUCGCUUCCAGAAGUGCCUCACUGUCGGCAUGAAACUGGAGGCUGUGAGGGCCGAUCGAAUGAGAGGAGGUCGCAACAAGUUUGGCCCCAUGUACAAACGAGACCGGGCACUCAAGCAACAGAAAAAAGCCUUGAUCCGGGCCAAUGGACUCAAAAUGGAAGCCAUGACACAAGCCAUGCAAAUCGUCCCAGCAGACCUCACCAUUACCUCUGCCAUUCAGAACAUCCAUUCGGCCUCCAAGGGGCUUCCACUGAGUCACCACCAUCAUCACCACCAUCACCACCACCACAGCUCCUCCAGCGCAGGGCUUCCACCUGCAGACUUUGACCGCAGUCCCUUCGUCACCUCGCCAGUUAGCAUGGCCAUGCCGCCGCACGCCGGAGGACUGCAGGGUUACCCGGCGUACGGCCACUUUCAGAGCCGCACCAUCAAGUCAGAGUAUCCCGACCCCUACACAAGCUCGCCGGAGUCCCUAAUGGGCUACCCGUACGUAGAAGCCUACGCAGGUGGAUCGCCGCCCACCUUCCCUCACCUGGUGGUGGAGCUGCUCAAGUGCGAGCCGGACGAGCCCCAGGUGCAAGCGAAGAUCCUAGCUUACCUCCAGCAGGAGCAGGCCAGCCGAGGCAAGCACGAGAAGCUCAACACUUUUGGCCUCAUGUGCAAGAUGGCCGACCAGACACUGUUCUCCAUUGUAGAAUGGGCCAGGAGCAGCAUCUUCUUCAGGGAACUGAAGGUUGACGACCAAAUGAAGCUUCUCCAGAACUGUUGGAGUGAACUCCUCAUCCUGGACCACGUUUUCCGGCAGGUGAUGCACGCCAAAGAGGGCUCCAUCCUCCUGGUCACGGGGCAACAGGUGGAUUACGCCCUAAUUGCCUCCCAAGCCGGUGCCACACUCAACAACCUCCUGAGUCACGCGCAGGAGCUGGUGAGCAAACUACGAUCCCUUCAGCUGGACCAGAGGGAGUUUGUCUGCCUCAAGUUCCUAGUGCUGUUCAGCUUGGACGUCAAGAACCUGGAGAACUUCCACCUGGUGGAGAGCGUCCAGGAGCAGGUCAACGCAGCGCUGCUGGACUACGUGAUGUGUAACUACCCUCAGCAGACAGACAAGUUCGGUCAGCUGCUGCUGCGGCUGCCGGAGAUCCGGGCCAUCAGCCUGCAGGCUGAGGAGUAUCUGUACUACAAACACCUGAACGGUGACGUGCCCUGUAACAAUCUACUUAUAGAGAUGCUGCACGCCAAACGUGCCUGAGGACCGGUGGUGAGCCUUUGGUCUCGACACAUCGCACCUCAGUCAGCGUCAUCACCAGACAUAGCCUUCCAGUGAUGAAAUGUGCACGACAUGCGCACUGACUGCAUGGGUUUGCGGUGGGACGAACACUUUGGAUCUGAAAACCCAAAAGCUAGGGUUUGGCUCGAAGGGCAGAUGCAUUUCUGGUAAAGAAAUGAAUUGAACCAAUCAAGAGUUACAAUGACCUUUAGGCUGCGGAUUUGCCACGACUGAAACGUCCACCUUACACUAGACUUGAGCUGGCGGGUGUAAGAUUACCGGGAAACGACUGGGCGCUGUUUCAAGACUGGAUCGCCAGCAUUGACCCAAAGUUUCCAUUAGGACCUGGCCAUGUGGCCUUCCUCUGUCUGUUUUAAGGCACACAAGCUGGGCCGGAGCCAGUAGGCAGAGGUAAGAUGGAAAACCAGCCAUUGCCCGCAUCAGCGCCAACUAAGACUUUAUUCCAGCCCCUCACCAAAAAACAACGCAUCCUAUUUCUCUUUUCAAUUGGGCAGCCAUUUCUUCUUCUUCUUCUUCUCACUCCGAGGCUACUUUUACCAAUAUUUUCUCUCCAAAAGUGGAAAAGGAUAAAAAUCACACACCCUGUCAAGAACAUAUAUAUAUAAAUAGAUAUUAUUGAUAAAAAAGGAUUGAUUAUUUAAUAUGCAAAGUCAAAUGAAAUAAUGAUUAUUGAAUAAUUGAAUGAAAAGUGAUUCACAAUACAAAAUUCAUUUUGUAAGUAAAUGUGCUAAAUGCUUUAAAAUAAACUAAAUUUUGGGAGUAAAAAUGCUGAAUUGACAUGGAAACAGAAAUUAAUAAUUAUUAACAAUUACCAAUUAAAUGCAACUAUAAAAAUAUAAUAAAAAAUAAUUUCUUAUUUUUGGAUUUGUGGGAUGCAGUGUGACGUGGAAGAUUCAUCUUCAAAAAAUGCUUAAAAACAUUUACCUCACCAAACACAUCUUUUUCAUAUUUUGGUGUAUAUUUUUCUGCUUGGUUGGAACAUUUAACAGUUUGCUCAUCAACAAAUGUGAAUGCGUAUAAAGUGCAGUCUCAGAGCCAGUAUGAAGAAAUACCGCCAACACAAGACCAAAGCCUGCAGUGAACAAAAAAGGAAGAAAGAAAAAGAAAAAAAAAAACAACCUUAACUAUCAGUAUUAAUAAUUUGUGAUGUCACAGUCAUGUGAGUCUUGCCUUAUUUCAUUUCCAUGCUAGCUAACCAUGCUGAUGUGAAUUACGAUAUGUAAUAUAAAAAGUACAUAUUAUAUAUAUCUAUACAUACAAACACACUGUAUAAAGUAUUAAUGUUAUACAAUUGAAAAGAAAUGAGGUGUUUACAUUCAUGUGAUCAUGUGGGAGAUAACUGUGAUGCAUUCAAUUGCAAAGCAAUGAUUUCAUAUAAAAACAAAACAAUGUUCAGAAAA